AUGCGAGCGACAUUGAUCUCAGCGUUGCUGGGUCUUCUGUCGGCAUUGGGCGAGGCUCAGUUCCCGCCUACGCCUACGGACUUGACGGUUGUGAAGUCCAAGGUUGAUUCUAGGGUUACACUUUCGUGGAAGGAGACAGACAUAUGCCCUGGCUCGAAGGCGUACAGCGGCUACGUGCAUCUCCCCGGCAGCUCGCUUGAAGACGUCGGAGGGUACGAUGUCAACACUUACUUCCUCUACUUCGAGGCGCAAAAUAGUCCUGCUACCGCACCUCUGGCGAUGUGGUUUGCAGGUGGACCUGGCAGUUCGUCCACCUUCACCGCGCUGGACGGGAGCAAUACUCCAUGCUAUGUCAAUCCUCAAGGCAAUGGGACGGUCAAAAGCAAAUACUCUUUCAACGAGAAUGUGAAUGUGCUGUACAUCGAUCAACCGGCACAGGUUGGCUUCUCGUACAACGCGCUCAUGAACGCGACGUCUGACGGCUUCUUAUUCAAGCCGGUCAAAGAAGGCAAGCCUUUACCCACCGGAUCCAAUGCCGAUCUGCUAGGGACAUUUCCCACACAGAAGUAUUCCGAGACGGCGACGACUACUGUUCAAGCGGGCAGGACGAUCUGGCAUUUUGCUGAGAAUUGGCUCUCGUCUUUCCCCGGGUACAGAACCUGCUCGAAGGACAUUGGCAUAUGGGGCAGCUCCUAUGGCGGAUACUGGGCGCCUGAAUUCGCCACGCAGCUCAGCAAGAACCUGGGCGCUCUGUCGAAGGAGCACCCACUCGCCUGCAAGAAGCUCAGGAUCGACAACAUUGGGAUAACCAACGGUUGCAUUGACGCUCCAACGCAGGCACAGGGAUGGCCGGAGCUGGCGUACAACAACACUUAUGACCACCCCUUCGGGCCCGAGAAACUGUACGAGGCCUCCAUCAACAACAUCACCAAACCCGACGGCCUGUUGGAUAAGAUUGAACACUGCCGCACCCUCGGCAAGGCAGGCGAUCCAGAGUUCAACGGCCGCAACGCCACGGUCAACAAAGCCUGCAUGGAUGCGCACUCAUACUUUCUAUUCAGCGUCAAGGGCUCGUUCCCCAAGAUGAACAAGGUCAGUAAAACUCCCUCCCCUUCCCAUCCACCUCUCCCGCAAUCUAACAAAGUCCGCCCAGCGCUUCCCCUUCAACUUCGCCUUCAAGUUCUUCGACCAGAAAUGCAGCGGCGGCUGGACACCCGUGCAAACCUACCUCAGCGACGCGGACGUCAGCAGUCGCUCGGCGUCCCGCUGAACAUUUCCGUCUCAAGUUUAGUUGUCCUGUCGAACUUCGGCUGGGUGCCCGACCUGCCCCCACCGUACGACAGGCCCCUGGCGAAGCUGACCGGGGACUUUGUCCGGCAAGACGGGCUCGCGAGGUUCGAGUACUUACUCCGGAAUGGGGUGAAAGUGGCGUUGAUCUACGGGGACAUCGAUUUCCAGUGUCCAUGGACCGGGGCGGAGAACACUGCGCUCACGGCGCAAUGGCCUGGAAAGUCGUCUUUCGCCAACGCAGGCUAUGAGCGGCUGCAGGGAGUCGAAGAGCAAGGCACGGAUCACGGGGCGCUGAUCAAGCAAGCCGGGCUGCUGAGUUUUGCGAGGGUGUUGCGGGCGGGUCAUGAUACGGGGAAUUAUGCCCCCGCGAGCGUGGCGGCGAUCUUUGACCGGACGUUCGGUGGGGUUGACGUGGUGGGUGGGAAGGUGAAGGCUGGGGAGGGGUAUGCGUCGACGGGGCCGAAGGAUAGUAGGGGGUGUAGGGAGGAGUAUCCGGAGGAUUUGCCGAGGACUUGUGUGGUUAAUGGGGAGUAUUUGAAGCCGGAUGUGCCGAGGGAAUGA